AUGGAAUCUUUCGACAUUUAUAUAUUUCGACCAAAGUGUGGGAGAAUCAUACUAGUUAUAGUCGAGAAAGAGAUCUCUUCUGAUUCUUAUACGUUUUCUCUUCUAGUUAAUAUUCCUGCUAAUGCUACAUGGGCACAGAACGGAGUGACUAUUGCUGGAGGCCACGGGGAUGGGGAUGCCACUAAUAAAUUCAACUACCCUCAAGGUCUCGGUGUUGAUGAUGAUCAAACAGUGGCUAUUGCUGACUUCUGGAAUCAUCGUAUCAUGCAAUGGAAGAACGGUGAUACAACGAAUGGACAAGUUGUUGCUGGUGGUAAAGGCGGAGGAGAUGGAUUACAUCAAUUGAAUUAUCCAACUGAUGUAUUAAUUGACAAAGAGACGAAUAGCCUCAUUAUUUGUGAUCGAUGGAAUCGACGAGUUGUACGAUGGUCUCGUCGUAGUGGUACAACACAAGGUGAAAUACUCAUCGACAACAUCGCUUGUGUGGGAUUAUCAAUGGAUGAACAGAGAUAUCUCUACGUCUCUGACGACGAAAAACACGAAGUAAGCCGACAUCAAUUGGGUGAGAAGAAUGGCACUCUCGUAGCUGGUGGUAAUGGACAAGGUAAUGAACCCAAUCAACUCAACUCGCCAGCACAUCUCGUUGUCGAUCGAGAACAGAAUGUAUACGUAUCAGACUGGAACAAUCAUCGUGUAAUGAAAUGGAAUAAAGGUUCAAAAGAAGGUAUUGUGGUCGCUGGAGGACAAGGUGAAGGGAAUGCUCUGACACAAUUGUCUUCUCCUCGUGGAAUCUUUGUUGAUACGUUGGGUACACUCUAUGUAGCAGACUCGGGGAAUCAUCGUGUAACGCGUUGGACUCAAGGAGACAAGAAACAGGGCACUGUAAUUGUUGGUGGAAAUGGUCGAGGAGAAGGAGCAAAUCAGUUCAGCUACCUCCGUGGUUUGUCUUUCGAUCGACAUGGUAAUCUCUAUGUCGUCGAUUAUUGGAAUAAUCGUGUUCAACGAUUUUCUAUCGAAUAA